CGUUUGUAGUGAAACAUGCGGAUGUUGCUGUAUUUUUUUAUUUUGAGUUAGACUGCAAAUUUUUAAUAUAACUACUAAACUACCUAAUUAAUUUUACGCGAUCAACUUGUUUUAUUUAAGUAAUAGCAUUUACUAUUGUGUUGUCACAUAUGCUUUCCUCGAAAAAACUAUGGUCAAAUUUUGAAUGACUGUUGCUUAUUAACUACGUCUAAAGAGAACAUGUGAGUUGUUAAUUUUCUACCUAUAUUUUGUUAUUUAUACUAUAAUUAUCAAUUCAAAAAGGAUAUUUUAUGUUAUAAUAUUUUUUUAGUUGUUAAAUUUUUGUGAAAUGGUUUUUACUGAAACAAUUAUAGGAGUGGGCAUUUUAUAUUGAUUUUUUAUUAGUGUUUCCAAAAUUUAUGAUAACGGUUAAUUUGUAGCCAAAUAUUAUAUUUGUUUCUUUUGAAUGUUAAAACUAAUAAAUUAUUAUCAUAUUACCUAUUUGUUUAUUAAAUACUUCAAGUAAUUCUUAUCAAAUUAAUUGUUAAUACUUAUCACUUAUUAUUUUCUUCUAUUGGAAAAACUUUUAACUUUUGUAAAAUAAUCUUACCUAUUAAAAAAUAAUACAAAUUAGUUCAAAAUUGUAAUGCCAAUAAAAACUAAUGUUCUUUUCUGUUAUUGCAUUUCAUAUUGACACACAAUAUUAUGUUAGGUCAUACCUCUGGUACUAUUUAAAAACACUAUUAUUAAUAAGUAGCUACAAAAUAAAAUAGGUUCCUUGGACAACAUUUUAAAAAUAACUUAAAUUAUGAAUCCAUAAUAAAGAGAAUGUGUGAAAAUCUUAGUUAUACUUCUAGUAAUUAACAUAAGUCAAUUUUUUUUUAGAAGUGUAGCAUUAAUGGACAAUUAUUGAUAAUAUUUAUAGAUAUUUUAAUAAUACUAGACUAAGUCAAUACAAAAUCACAAGGAACCCAUUUUAAUAUUAAAUGAUCCUAUCUGUUUUUAUGUACCUGAUAUUUAUACAUUUAUUUAAACUACUUGUUUUCCUUCUCAUUAAAAAUGCAUCCACAAGUUAUUAUAUAUAAUUAGUUUUUGCUGGUACUGAAUAGGUUUUCUGUUUGUUUGCCUCAUAUUAAAUUAUAUUCACUAUAAAACUUAUAAUUUAUCUAGGUAUCCAAAUACCUGGCUCUACUGGCUACAAGUAGUCUUAAAAUUAUGCUGAUAAUUUUAUAAUUGUAUCUAACCCACAUUUUUCUCAGGCCUUAUAACCAGUCAUAGAAAAAUUCUGAAGCAAUUUAAAAUUAUUUUAUGUGUUUUACCAUUAUGUGACAAUUUUAGUAAAAGGUUAAUUACCCAUCCGAUGUAUUGAAAUUAAAAGCCAAUUAUCAUAUUUAAUUUUUAACUCUUAUUAAAAGAGUUAAAAAGAAAUGAAGUGUUGCUUCUUAAAAAUGAUUUCCAAACUUUCUAGAUAAAAUUAUACAAUUUUUGAAUGUAAUAUUUUCGUAUUUUAUUUCAGAAACAUAAGUCAUGAAUGUAGAAACACCUAUAGAGACUGUAGUUCAACAGCUUGCCCAUGCUGUUGAUCUGACUAUGAAUCCAUCUAUGUCACAAGAAAAGCGUCAUGAAGCCUAUCGUCUUUGUGAUAGUUUUAAAAAUGAUUUUCCACUGUGCGUUCAGUGCCAGUGUGCUCUAUAUUUUACUAGUGAUAAUGCACCAUAUACUGAUAUUGUUCGACAUUUUGGCCUUCAACUUAUGGAACAUUGUAUUAAAUUUCGUUGGUAUCAAAUGCUACAAGAAGAUAAAUUGCUUAUUAAAAAUACUAUCAUGAGUCUUGUGAAUUCUGCUUCGCCAGCAUUACAGAUUAAUUAUUUAAAAGAUGCUCUAGCAAGAGUUGUUGUAGAAAUGAUUAAAAGAGAGUGGCCUCAACAUUGGCCUGGAAUGUUAAAUGAAUUGGAAUAUGCAGUGACAUUAGGUUGCUGUCAAACAGAAACGGUUAUGCUAAUUUUUUUGAGGUUAAUUGAAGAUGUUAUCUUAUUGCAAACUAUUGAUAAUGCCGCUAGACGGCGAGAUAUUAGUAAGGAACUUCAAUUGAAUAUGUUCAAAAUUUUCCCAUUUUUUAUAAAUGUGAUUGAUACUCAUUGUAGACAAUAUUUGGCAUUCUUAAAUAGAAAUGAACAAAAUGCCGCUACUUCAUUUAUUAAACCAAUACAAUUAGCAUUAACUAAUAUAGGAGAAUUAUUUGAGUUUAUUCAACUUUCUCAUAUAAAUUAUAAAGAUUGUUACAUAAUCACUGUAUUAUGCUCAUUAUUAGAUGAUUUUAAUUUCAGGCAGCCUGCUAUUGAUUGUUUGUGUAUUUUACUUACAAGGAAGUGUAAAAAUGAAGAAAAAGAAUGUAUUACAAAAUUAUUUGAUCAACCUUUACAACAAUUAUCUAUGGUAGUUCUUAAAGCAAUUAGUCAAGAGUCAAAUGAUGAAAAUAAUAUAUUUUUGAAAACAUUAUCAAAAGUUGUGUCAAUGUUGAGUUCUGUUUUAUGUGCUUUUUGGAAAGAUAACAAACUGCAUAAUUUUAGCACUGAAGAAUCUGAGAAAGUACUUUUAUAUUAUAUUGAAUUAUUACAAGUAUGUUUAGGUCAUGAUUCACUGAAUGUGGUUUCAAAUAUAAAUCAAGCAUGGAGUACAUUAUUGAAGCAUAAAGAAAUUAGUAAUAAUAUUUUACUACGGCAAAAUUACAUUCCUAAAUGGUUUAUGUUAACAUCAAAGAAACUAAUAAAAAUAGAUUAUAAAAACUUAGAUUCAUUCUCCUUACUUGACUUUACAGAUGAAGAAAGCUAUAAUAAUGCAUUUUAUCACACUCGAGUAGAGAUUGUUGAAACAAUUAGAUGUGCCUCUGCUGUUGAAAAUACUAAUAUGUUUUCAGUCACAGAAAAUAUACUUAAAUCGUGCAUAGAAAAAACAUCAACUAGGAUGAAAGUGAUACCAAUUUGUGAAUCAGAUUCUGUAGAAUUUCAAGAAUGGGAAGCUAUUGUUAUUAUAUUAGAUGCAGUUGUAUGUAAAUUAAUCUUAACCCCAGAUUCUGAUAUUGUCAACAGAGGUUUAAAACUAAUUGAAUUAUGUUUAAAAUUUGAUACAAGAGAUCCAUUUAUUUUAUCAUUCCUUCUUUCAUCUGUGUCUGCAUUGUUUAUAUUCUUAACUGCGACAUCUUGGCCUUCAGAAUAUCUUCAUGCAACACUUAACAAAAUGUAUGAAUAUUUAAUACUUGACUGUCAUCCUGAUGAUCAAUUAUACGUUCCAAUAAAAGAAUUAAGAUUUCAUUCAGCCUCUUUGUUUAUUAAACUAAGUGUUAAAUAUCCAAAUCUUUUACUACCAGUUUUUGAUAAAUUGUGUUCAUUAAGUGAUGAACUUCUUUUAAAAAUCAGUGAAACUGGUGAUCAUCUUAAUGUAUGUUUACGUUUACAAGAAGCCCUCCUAGUGUUAAAUACCCAUGUUCCAGAUUUCGAUAAACAAGUUCAACUGAUCACACAUAUCAUAGAACCUUGUCAGUUAAUGUGGCAGAAAAUACAAAGUAUUGUAUCUGGAGGACCAGAUGAAUUAAUUGCGUAUUUGGGCCUUAACGGGUUACCAGUUAGUAUAGAAUCUGAUCCAUGUCUAGCAAAUCGAAAUAAUCUGUCUCAUUGUGUAAGUGUAUUAGCUAGUGUUAUGAACAGAAGCAUCACUAAUUCAAGUUUGUCAAAAGGCACAUUUGUUUCGCCAGUUACUGAACCAGUUUUAUUAUUAAUACCUAAUGUGUUUUUGUUAAUAAAAAAUUUAAAUGCUCUAUGUUCGGAUAAUGCUAAAAAAAUUAUGCAUCCUAGUUUCAUUUCAGUUUUGCAGAUGUUUCCACAAGAACGUGAAGCAUUGCUCGGAAAGAAUACAGUAUCUGAGAAGAAUGAUCCAUUCCAGAUGUUUAGACAAAAACCUAAACCUGACCCAGUACAUAAAAUUAAAAAUUCAAUUUUAGCUAUAUAUGAUAAUUGUUUACAUAUUUUGGGAAAAUCAUGUCAAUUACUUGGUGAUCGAUUUUAUGCAUUAGAAAACUUUGCUCCCAGUUUUCUAGCUACUAUAAUGAGUGAUGUUGAAUCUUUACCACAUGUACGAAUUAGAACUAUUAUGAAGAAUUUUAUUAAACCUUUCCUUAUUAAUUGUUCAAAUAAAUAUUAUGAUACAGUUCUCAUUCCUACUUUAAAUGCUUUUCUAUCUCAUAUGUUAUUACGCCUAAAUGUCAUAUGGCAAAACUUACCAGAUCGAGAAGAAUAUGAUUCUAAAGAAGGAGACUCUGAAGAAUUGCUCGAAGAUAUGAUGAUUCGGUUGAUAACUAGAGAAUACAUAGAUUUAAUACGGUUAUGUUUAACUAGUUCUAAUGAUUCAAAAACAAGUCCUCAUGGAAGUGUAGAAGAAAUACCUAUCAACUGCCAAAAUAAUAGUGAUUUAUCAGAAUUAGGCAUAAAACUGUUAAGAAAUGAACAAUCAAGGCGUCUGAUUGUCAUAAGUAUUUUAAACGGUUUAUCAUGGAAUUCAACUAUAAGUCAAUUCUGGAAAACGUGUCAAAUCUUUCAGUGGGAUAAUCGACCUGUAUCACCUCCUUGGAGUGAUAGCCAAACUAGUUUUAAAGCAACAUCUUUAGUUCAAAUGAUUGUAAAAUGUUUAGUAAUAGAGGAUGAAAGAAAUGCUAUGACAAUUGCGCCUGACCUGUUAAUAGCACUUCUAGAAAGUCUUCAUUGGUUUGGUCACCAUGAUUCUAAUAUGGGUCCACUUUUAGCUACGUCUCUUAUUGUUUAUGAAACUUUUCGUAAUAAAAAUGAUCAGUUGUUAGAAGUUUUUAAAAAAUUACCUGAAAUAAAUUUAGAAACAUUAAAUCGUUUUGAUAAAUGGGUAAUGAGCAAUGACCUAUUAAAUAACAAAGUGAACAAAGGUAAAAGAGAAAUGUUGAAGAAAAUAUUAGCUGGUUGUAUUGGAAAAGAUGUAAGUCAAACUCAUAAACGAAGAGCAGAACUCAGAGAUUUGCCUAAAAUUCAUAUUCCUCCAAAGAUUUGUACAUCAGAUUUGCUAGAAAACGGUGAUGACUUGAAUAUAAAUACAUUACAAAAUUAGUUAAAACAUUUUAUUUAAAAGAAAUUUUGUUGUUAUUGUUUUAUUUAUUAUUGUAUUUUUUUUUAUUUUUUUUUUUAUUAACAAUUGAUGAACCUAUACAUACAUUGAUAUUUAUAAACCAUAUGUAAAAUUAUAGUAUUAUGCAGAUCAGCCUUCAGUAUAAAUUUUGUUUUUAUAAAUAAUGAUUGUAUUUUAAUCAUUAAAAGGUUUCUAUGUUAAAUAAUUAUUUUGUAUGUUUAAUUAAAUAACUAUUUCU